AUGCUCGUGGAAACAUACUCUGAUACCGACAGCGGUGGUCGGUUCGUGGCGCCUAUUGCAUGCUCAAUCGACGCUCGCUGGGCACGCGGCACCAACAUUGGCUCGGCGUUGCCAGAGACAGAUAACAUGAUAGUUUUCGGAUCUCUCACCUCAACAAAGGAACACGGCACCAACGUAGGAUUUUCGCCGAUACCAGGGCCUGACUGGCGUUUCGCCCAGCUCGAUCAAGCAUGGCUCGAUGCUCUGCUCCCUGUGCUGGGAGGCACGAGGGACAUGGGUUGGACCACGGCCGCCUCCAUGUUCACGUCUGCCGGCUUCGACGACUCCACCGGCCUGCUAAUCCACUGGGCUACUCUAUGCCACACUCUCGAAAGCACCAUCGCCAUGUUGAUCGUGGAUGGAAUGUCUCGCAUUGGUCUCAACGACAACGGUGGCAACAUGUACCACGUGACGGACUGCCUGGAGCGGAUGAACUGGCUACCCUCAAGAGUCAGCGACCCAGGGAGAUACUUCGAUCUAUUGCUCGAUGGGAAGAACGUUGUCGCUGUGCCAAACACAGCGAAUGGUGUGACGCUAACGCGCUUGCAGUGGGACGUAACUGUCUCUGGUCUUGCGUAUAAAGCCAACAGUACUGCGGUAUAUCUGGCUAUUGCCGUCAUGUUAGCUUGCACUACGAUUGGAGCUUGUAAUUCCGCUCAUAUGUUGAUUUCUCGGCGAUCAUCGGAGGCCUGGGACUCUAUCGAGGAGAUCAUAGUGUUGAGCCAGCUGAGCCGGCCCUCGGCCUCCGCGAGAUUGGCGAAUACGUCGGGCGGCAUACAUGCGAGCGCAGCGUAUAAGUCAAAGGUACAAACACUCGAACGGACCGGGAACGCUUUGGGGAACAACGAGGAGGCUGUCCAGCUAUUUCUCGACCCGGCUCAGGACCCGGCUCUGAAACUCAUCCAAGCGAAUCAGGCAUACGGCCGCAGCCCGUAA